GAUUUCCAAGCAAAAUGUUGAUGGUGCUACUGGAUUUCUCCUUGCUGCUUGUACUACGUGAAUUUAUGGCAGAAGAAAGUAAUGAAAAAUUUUGGCAGUUUUUGGAGACAGUACGAGAAUUAGAGAUUUAUAAACAAAGAGAAUCAGCUUAUUCUUACUACAAUUUAAUUCUGAAGAAAGCUGGACAGUUUUUAGAUGAUUUACACAUCAAUUUUUUAAAGUUUGCUUUCUCUAUAAGGGCAUACUCUCCAACUAUUCAGAUGUUUCAACAGAUUGCUGCUGAUGAGCCGCCACCAGAUGGUUGUAAUGCAUUUGUGGUUAUCCAUGAAAAGCAUACCUGUAAAAUUAAUGAGAUUAAAAAGCUACUGAAGAAGGUGACUUCAAGGCCCAGGCCUUAUCUAUUUAAGGGAGAUCAUAAAUUUCCCACAGACAAAGAGAACUUACCAGUAAUUAUUCUCUAUGCAGAAGUGGGUACCAGAGCAUUUAGUGAAUUUCACAAAGUACUGUCUGAGAAAGCUCAAAGUGGUAAAAUUCUGUAUGUUCUUCGUCAUUAUAUUCAGAAACCAGGUUCAAGAAAAAUGUACUUAUCUGGCUAUGGUGUGGAGCUAGCGAUUAAGAGCACAGAAUACAAAGCAUUGGAUGACACUCAAGCUAAAACUGUGAAUAAUACUACUAUGGAAGAUGAGACUGAAGUAGAUGAAGUUCAAGGAUUUCUCUUUGGGAAACUAAAAGAAAUAUAUUCAGAUCUUAGAGAUAAUCUGACAGUAUUCCAAAAAUACCUGAUUGACAGUAACAAAGAAAUGGCACCUUUGAAAGUCUGGGAGUUACAAGAUCUUAGUUUUCAAGCAGCUUCUCAAAUAAUGUCCACUCCAGUUUAUGAUGCCAUAAAAUUAAUGAAAGACAUUUCACAGAACUUCCCCAUAAAAGCCAGAUCGUUGAGCAGAAUUUCUGUAAAUCAACAGAUGAAGAAGGAAAUACAGGAAAAUCAAAAGCAUCUCAAAGAUAAAUUUAAAAUUCAUCCAGGAGACGCUCAUUUAUUUAUAAAUGGCCUUCAGAUUAAUAUGGACGUUUAUGAUCCUUUUAGUAUUUUGGAUGUGCUAAAAUUAGAAGGAAAAAUUAUGAAUGGCCUUCACAAUCUUGGGAUUGACCAGGAAGAUAUGAGCAAACUUUUAAAAUUAAAUUCAAAUGAUGAGAAAUAUAUAUUAGAUAUUCGACAUUCUUCUAUAGUGUGGAUUAAUGACCUAGAAAAUGACCAUUUGUAUGCUGCGUGGCCUGAAAGUUGCCAGGAGCUUCUGAAACCAGUAUUCCCUGGAACUAUAUCUGUGAUAAAACGUAAUUUUCAUAAUUUAGUUCUGUUUAUUGAUCCCACUCAAGAAUAUACCUUGGACUUUAUACAACUUGCUGAAAUUUUCUAUUUUCAUAGUUUUCCUCUCAGAAUUGGCUUUGUGUUCAUUCUUAAUACAGAUGAUGAAGUUGAUGGAAGAAAUGAUGCUGGGGUUGCUCUUUGGAGAGCUUUCAACUAUAUUUCGGAAGAGCGUAGUGUAUCUGAAGCAUUCAUUUCCAUUGUACAUAUGUACCAAAAAGUAAAGAAGCAAAAUAUACUCACUGUGGAAAAUGUGAAGAGUAUUCUCCAAAAUGAAUUUCCUCAUGCUGAUAUUUGGGAUAUUUUGGGAGUUCAUUCCAUAUAUGAUAAUGAAAGAAAAGCAGGAGCAAGCUUUUAUAAAAUGUCUGGUCUGGGUCCAUUGCCUCAAGUUCUGUAUAAUGGUGAACCCUUUAACCAUGAAAAGAUAAAUAGUGAGGAACUGGACACUGCUGUUCUUCACAGAAUGGAGGCUACGUCUUUGUAUUUACAAAGAGAUGUUCUUAUGGGCACAUUAAAUGAUCAUAUGAAUGCAGUUGAUUUCCUAAUGGAUAGAAAUAAUGUUGUACCCCGUAUAAAUUCUUUUAUUUUGCACACUAAACAUCAGUACCUUAAUUUAAUAUCUUCAUCAGUAUCGGCUGAUAUUGGAGAUUUCUCUACUUUCUCUUUCCUGGAGUCACAAGAUAAGAGUGCUGUGAUUGCAAAGAACAUGCAUUAUUUAACCCAUGAAGAUAAUAAUAUAAUUUCUACAGUCACUCUGUGGAUUAUUGCUGAUUUUGACACAUCAUCUGGGAGAAAACUGCUUUUUAAUGCAUUAACACACAUGAAAACAAGCGUUCAUAGUCGGUUGGGAGUUAUUUAUAAUCCUACAUCAAAAAUAAAUGAAGAAAACACAGCUAUUUCUAGAGGAAUUUUGGCAGCUUUUCUCACACAGAAAAACAACCUUUUAUGGAGCUUACUCAGGAAACUGUCAAAGAAAGAAACUGCUACAGCCAUUUACUCUGGAAAUAAAAUUAAAACAUUCCUUACUGAGGGAAUGGAUAAGAAUGCUUUUGAGAAAAAAUAUAAUACUGUUGGAGUAAAUAUUUUCCGAACACACCAGUUGUUCUGUCAAGAUGUACUUAAAUUGCGUCCUGGAGAAAUGAGUAUUGUCAGCAAUGGCAAAUUUUUAGGACCUUUAAGUGAAGAUUUCUAUGUAGAAGAUUUUUACUUGCUGGAAAAGAUAACUUUCAAUAAUUUAGCAGAGAAAAUUAAAAGCAUUGUUGAAAGUAUGAAAGUCAUCCCAAAAGACAUAAGUGACCUUGUUAUGAAAGUUGAUGCCCUUGUUUCCUCUUUGCCUGAGCAUACAUCUCGGUAUAAUGUCACAUUUCUUAAAGAGAAGCACAGCAUUAUAAAGAUAAGUCCUCAAGAGAAUGAUAUGUUUUUUGACGUUGUUGCUAUCAUUGAUCCCUUGACGAGAGAAGCACAGAAGAUGGCACAGUUAUUGGUGGUGCUUGGCAAGAUUAUAAACAUGAGGGUAACCCUGUUCAUGAACUGCAAGAGUCAGCUUUCAGAAGCUCCUUUAGAAAGCUUUUACCGUUUUGUCCUGGAGCCAGAACUGAUGUCAGGGGAUAAUGAUCGUCCUUUUCUUGGGCCGGUAGCAAAGUUCCUGGAUAUCCCUGAGUCACCCCUUCUGACCCUCAACCUAAUCACUCCAGAAGGCUGGUUGGUUGACACAGUGCACAGCAGCUGUGACCUUGACAACAUACACUUAAAAGAUAUUGAGAGAAGUGUUACAGCAGAAUAUGAACUAGAAUAUCUGCUACUUGAAGGACAUUGCCUUGACCCAAUGACAAAGCAGUCUCCUCGGGGUUUGCAGUUUACACUAGGCACAAAAAAUAAACCUGUCAUGGUUGAUACAAUAGUGAUGGCCAAUUUUGGAUAUUUUCAGUUAAAAGCAAACCCAGGUGCUUGGAUACUGAAAUUACGCCAAGGGAAAUGUGAAGAUAUUUAUCAAAUAAUUGGGCAUGAAGGAACUGACUCUCCAUCAGAUAUAGAAGAUGUCAUUGUUGUAUUAAACAGCUUCAACAGCAAGAUAAUAGAAGUGGAGGUGCAAAAAAAGCCAGACAAAAUGAAUGAAGAUAUCCUUACUGAUAGUGAUGGAAAAAAAGGAAUGUGGGAAUCCAUUAAAAGUUUCACAAGAAAGUUGCAUAAAGAUGAUGACAAAAAGGAAAAAGAGGUUCUAAACAUUUUUUCUGUUGCUUCUGGCCAUUUAUAUGAGCGCUUUCUAAGAAUUAUGAUGCUGUCUGUUUUACGUAACACCAAAACACCAGUGAAAUUCUGGUUUCUAAAAAAUUAUCUCUCACCAUCAUUUAAAGAGGUAAUUCCUCACAUGGCUAAGGAAUAUGGAUUCCAGUAUGAAUUGGUUCAGUAUAAGUGGCCCCACUGGCUUCAUCAGCAGACUGAAAAACAACGGAUUAUUUGGGGUUAUAAAAUUCUUUUCCUUGAUGUCCUUUUUCCACUAGCAGUGGACAAAAUCAUUUUUGUUGAUGCUGACCAGAUUGUGAGACAUGACCUAAAAGAACUUCGAGAUUUUGACCUGGGUGGCGCUCCCUAUGGGUUCACUCCCUUUUGUGAUAGCCGCACUGAAAUGGAUGGGUAUCGUUUCUGGAAAAAAGGAUACUGGGCAUCCCAUCUUGCAGGAAGAAAAUACCAUAUCAGUGCUUUAUACGUGGUGGAUUUCAAGAAAUUCAGGAGAAUUGCAGCAGGUGACAGGCUCAGGGGCCGGUACCAAGCUCUCAGUCAAGAUCCAAACAGUCUUUCAAACCUGGAUCAAGAUCUCCCCAAUGAUAUGAUUUACCAAGUUGCAAUUAAGUCCCUUCCUCAAGACUGGCUGUGGUGUGAAACUUGGUGUGACGACGAAUCCAAACAAAGAGCCAAAACAAUUGAUCUGUGUAAUAAUCCCAAAACCAAAGAACCCAAAUUAGAAGCCGCUGCCAGAAUUAUCCCAGAAUGGGUGGAAUAUGAUGCAGAGAUACGACAGUUAUUAGAUCAUCUUGAAAAUGAGAAGAAAAGUACAAUUUUGACACAUGAUGAGCUCUAACCCAGUUAAUGUGAGAAAGAAAAUGAAAGUGUGACACAGCACACCUGCCACCUGCUGGGGAAGUGUGGAACCACUGCUGAGACUAAGAAAGUGUCAUUGAUCAGUGACAUUCUUCAAUUCAAACCAUCUUAAUUAUUUAAAAUAUUUAAUGUACUUACUGUAGGAAAAAAUCUAAGUUAUAUAAGAAAUGACUGUUGAGUAUUUAAAACUACACUGCUCGUUUUCUGAUUGCUCUGAACACUGGGUUUUCACCAGUUAAAGUCUGAUGUGCCAGAUAGCCCAGUAGAAGGUAUCCGACUAGCUGGUCCUCGUGGGACUUUAUCAAACCAGCAAACUUCCUUUUGUAUCCCAGAUUUAUGUGUAUCCGUAUUUCCUUAUUCACAAAUGCAUUCAAAAUUAAGA